UCAGAAUUAAAAAAUACAGACUAUAGACUAUAGUAAUACAAAGUUUAUUCUAUUGGACAAAUGUAAACUAAUUCUCUAUAUUCAAAUACAUUUUUUUGAUACAAAGAAAAGAUGCACAAGAUGAUAGAAAAUAUGUUGAUUGUUUUCAAUGUAACAAUGAAAAUUUUCAUUUUACAUUUAUGUUAUGUAGGUACUGAAAUAUGGAACGAGGAGCUACUUUUAAAAGAAAACUUCAUAAAUGGAUCACCUAACCUAUGUCAAAAUGGUAGACAUCAAUCACCGAUUAAUAUUAUGACCAAAAAUCUUGUUUAUGAUCAUUCACUAUCCGCAAUGGAGAUAGAAGGAUUAGAAAAGCAACUUGAACUAGUCGUUGAAAAUUGUGGAUACGAUAUACGUAUAAGUUUAACUAACGAAUUUGUACAAUUAAAUGGUGGUCCAUCCUCAUAUGCUUAUCGAAUUUCUUUUAUGCAAAUUAAAUUUGGAUCAACAUCAACUCAAGGAUCAGAGCAUACAAUAGAUGGUAAAGCAUUUCCAGGUGAAUUGCAAAUUUAUUCAUUCAACAAUGAAUUAUACAAUAAUUUAUCUGAGGCAUUUUAUCGUCCGAAUGGUAUACUUGCUAUCAGUGUUUUCUUUAAAAUUGGAAAUGCAACGAAUAAGGACCUUUUAGGAGUUGUAGCUGCAGCUGAACAAACAAUAUUUAAAGGUGAAACAUUCCAGCUAAAAGGUCUUGAACUGCGCUCAUUAUUAACAUCAACACAUGAGUUUAUGACAUAUGAAGGAUCAUUGCCAUUUCCUCCAUGCCAUGAAACAGUUACCUGGAUCAUAUUGAAUCAUCCAAUAAUGAUUACUGAAACUGAAUUAAAAACACUUCGGCGAUUACGAGUUGCCGAUACAUUAUGGUCAGGAUCGAUGGCUGACAAUUUUCGACCAACCCAAGCUAUUAAUAACCGUUCAGUUCGGACAAAUAUCAAUUUUCGUAGUUCGAAUGAAGCGUGUGAUGUGCGUAAACAAGUUUCAUAUAUUGCUAAUAUUGCACAAUUUUGAAGAAAUGGAAUUCUGUAAAACGAUAUUUGAACAAAGUCAAACUGGAUCACUCCUUUCUCCCGUUUUGUUUUGCCUUCCAUGAGAAAUAAUCAGGGAAAACUCAUCAGAUAUGAAAGACGAUAGUUUUGUUUGUUUGUUUUCUUUAAUAGACUUUAAACUAGAACUCAAAUAUAUUUCUAUUUGUAUUAUAAUUGCUUAUUAACUCUAUUAGAUUUUCCUUUUUCUAUACAGAACAUUUUAUCACCAUUAAUAUUGUGC